AUGGUAUUGAAGGGGUACAACGAAUAUCAUACAUACUAUAAUGAAAAUAAAGACAACGUAGAUGUCGAGGGAUAUACGCCAUCAUUAUCUCAGUCAACACCACAAACUACAGCAGCAGAAAAACGUGUCCAUAGUAAAACAAAACAUCAAGUCACUAAACACGUUCAAUCAACAGCGGAAAUAUUGAGUCGCCUUGAGCAGAUAGAGACAGCCAUAUCUUCUCUACAAGACGUCAGUCGACUUGAGCAGAUAGAGACAGCCAUAUCUUCUCUACAAGACGUCAGUCGACUUGAGCAGAUAGAGACAGCCAUAUCUUCUCUACAAGACGUCAGUCGACUUGAGCAGAUAGAGACAGCCAUAUCUUCUCUACAAGACGUCAGUCGACUUGAGCAGAUAGAGACAGCUAUAUCUUCUCUACAAGACGUCAGUCGACUUGAGCAGAUAGAGACAGCCAUAUCUUCUCUACAAGACGUCAGUCGACUUGAGCAGAUAGAGACAGCUAUAUCUUCUCUACAAGACGCCAAUGACAAGUCUACAGAUGACAUAUCAGAAAUAAAACAAUGGAGAGACAACUUUGAAACAGAACAGAGUGACAUGGAGGUAAACAUUGAACAACUGACGAAAAAACAAAAACAUAAUUUCAAAAACCUCAGUAAACAAAUGAGUGAACAAGAUAACAAAGUAAUGGAGCUGAACAAAGAAAUUGAAAGUUUAAAAGACAAAGAAACUAAGUCAAUCAAAACCCUAGAGAAAAUCUCUGUAGAAGUGAAAGAACAUAAAAUCAAAUUGGUCAAAAUAAAUAAAGAGAUGCAAGAUCACACAUAUGAAACAGACAGUAUAACACAAGAAGUUAAAACACAUUCUGAUCACAUUGUUGCUUUACAAGAAGAUAAUAAAAUCUUGGUCGAUACAUCAACCAAACUUAAGAAAAUGCAAUCAAAGCACAAUGUGAUGUACAAACUUCUGCAACAAAGAUUGAUGCCUAUUGACAAAUUGAUUCAAAUAUUUAACCAGAACUUGAAAACAAGGGAACAAAGAUUACAGAAGCUUUACAAUAUUGAAAAUACCAUUUCAAAGUUGUCCAAAGAAAUGCAUUUAAUUGAGUCACGUGUAUGUAACAGAUAUGCUUGUCAUGUGGAGCUUGCUAAUCCCACACCUGUCCGUUGUAGAUUAGUUAUUUCAUCAUUUAGUAAAGUUCGCGAAUAUAACGGUCAACACUUUAAUCCAACAACAGGAAAAUUUGUAUCACCACAUGAUGGUUUAUACCUCAUCUGUGUAACUCUAAAUGAAUGUGAAGAUAAACAGAUUACAGUUGGUGUGGUGGCUGGAGACAGGUGUAGAAUUAUAGAAGUAAAAUGUGCCAACACUAGCUCAGCUAGGUCAGUGAUUGUUGACAUGAAGAAAGGUCAAGAUCUGUACUUACUUGUGUUUCAAGCAGAUCAAGGCGCAACGUUAUCCAGCUACAAUGAGGACAACAUGAGUGUCAACAAACCAACGCCAUCUUUACCACAGCCUGACACACAGACAACAGCAACAUUUCUAACAGGAGAAUCACCAAGACAACUCAAGACACAAGUCACACAUACAGCCGUUAAAGAACAUCCUGACCUAGAGCGUAGACUCGCCUAUAUUGAAACAACACUAUGGUACCUACAGGACACACAACACAAGUCAACAGAUGACAUAUCAGAAAUAAAACAAUGGAGAGAUAACUUUGUAACUGAACAGAGUGACAUGGGGAACUUUGAAACUAGAGAAGAAAAAUUAAAUAAGAGUCACGUGUAUGUAACAGAUAUGCUUGUCAUGUACAGCUUGCUGAUCCCACACCUUCUACAUGAAUGGGAAGAUAAAGAGAUUAGAGUUGGUGUGAUGGCUGGAGACGUGUGGUGUACGACUAUAGAAGUGAAAUGUGCCAGAACUAGCGCUGCUGACUCAGUGGUUGUUGACAUGAAGAAAGGUCAAGAACUUUACUUUCGAGUGUUCCUCGCAGAUCAAGACGCAGCUUUAUCCUGCUAUAGUAGUUUUAUUAUCGUUAGUUUAUAG